AUGGUAAUUUAUUACAUUAAUACCUAGAAAUUAUUAGUUAAUAAUACGUGGUACCUAAUACAUUUUAUAUAUUCGUUUAUAUUACUAUAUACAUUUAUCUUUGUAGAACAUUUCAUCAUUUUCGGAUAAAGAUUUUAACGUAGUAGAUUGGAUUAAUAAUACGCUAAAGGAUAAACCGCCAGAUCAAUGUCGCGAGGUAUGUAUUUUUUUUUUGUUAUACUGUGUAUGUACAAUAUGCUCCUUUGUGUGUUCUAAAAACUAAUUUUAUACCUAAAGCUAAAGGUAUUCCAUUAAUUUAAUUGUUUGUUGGAUUAAUAUAAUUACCAUAUUAUAAUGAAAUAAAAACAUCUUGGUACUUGAUCAUCAUAUGACCUUUUAUACUAAAAUUAAAACCAGAUAAACAAUCCGUAAUGUAACUUUUUUAGUAGGUACCUACUUAAUAGUUUUACGAAUUGGUAACAUUUUAAUUAUAUUAUAAUUUAUCAAAAUUAAUUUGUAUUAAAUAAUACCUUCCUAUAUGUGUUCAAAACUAUUUACAAUAUAAUUAUUUGGAUUUGCAAUAGGCAAUUCCAUCGAUGUUGAAAAAGUUGCAAUUGUGUGUGGAACAGGUACAUGAAGUACUUGAUGAAACAACAGAACAAGUUCUAUCAUCACUACCAAAAGUUGUCAAUGAUAUUGAACAAUUUGAAAAUCAAGCGUCAAAUAUUCAACAAAAAAUUAUUGAUUUGAAACAAGAAAUAAAUACUGUAAUGAAUUGAAACUCAACUGUAUUAAAAAAAUAAAAAAAUAUUAAAACUAAUACCUAUAAUUUUAAUUUUCAUAAAAAGGUAAAAAAUAACACUGGCGAAUCGUUGUUAAAACUUCAAUUAUAUGAUGAGAUAAAAUGUAAUAUGGAAGUUAAUAAAAAUGCUUUGGAGGAAGCAGACAAUUGGACAAAACUUAUAACUGAUAUUGAAAUUGUAUUUAUUACAUAUUUAAAUAAUAUUUUAUGAUUCUAUUAUUGGAAAAUAUAUAUUAUAAUGCAUUUUAUUUUCAGUUAAUGGAUACCGGAGAAAUAGAUCAAGUAACUAAUAGAUUGAUUAAAAUGCAACGUUCAUUAAUAGUAUUGGAAAAUGAUUCAAACUACGAAGAUAGAAAAAAUCAGUUAGAUGAGCUAAAAAGUAAACUAGAAGUUAUACUAACCCCAAUGCUUAUUGUGGCUUUUGAAAAUGAAAACAUUGGUAUGAAUAAAUAGUUAUUGAAAACUAUAAGGAAUGAAAAUGUUUUAAUAUUUAACAUUUUUAUUUAUUAUGCAUUUUACAGAUGAAUCUAAACGAUAUGUAAAUAUAUUUACUGAUUUAGAAAAACGUGAUCAGAUUACCAAAUAUUAUAUUAAGUGUAAUAAAAACAGAUUACGUAAAGAGUGGGCAUCAAAAAUUUAUGCCAAUGAAUAUUCUAAAAAUCCUUUAUUUUUUUUUGAAAGUUUUUAUGAAGCAUUAAUGGAAUGUAAAAGGCAACAGGUAAUUUGUCUUUUAAUGAAAUUAAGUCAGUUUUUAAUACUGGUAUCAAUUUAUAGAUUGUAUACAUACAUAGUAUUAUAAUAAUAUGUAUUUGUAACUAAUUUUUUUAAACUCCUUACCAUUUUAAUAAUGUCCAUUUACUUAAAUUUUCUAAUAAAAUAUUGAAAUACAUAUUAUAUUAGUAUGUAAUCAAAUAUAUUGAGAGAUGUUAGCCUAGAUCAAUGAUUAAUUAUACAAGAGUAUUUUAAAUUUAAUAAACAUUGAUAAUUAUAAUUAUUUGAUUGUAUUUAAUUCGUAUUGUAUAGAUGAUAUUGUAUAAAAAAUUGUUUAAUAAUGAAGAACAACUAGAAAUAGAAUAUCAAUUAAUUCUUUCGUAUGGAGAUUUAUUCAAUACAUUGGAACUUCCAAUGUUUGAAUUGGUUGAUAUAUCUAUGAAAACUCAUCAAGAACCGCUCAUCCUAUUAUUAGAUUUGUUUACAGCUACUGAAGGUUUUGUCAAAAAUAUUAAACAUGAUUCAAAAAUUAGUAAGAAUUCAUAUAAUAAGCCCAAUUAAAAUAAAUUUAUAACAAUUUUAAAUCAUAUUUGCAUAGAUGAUGUUGUUACAUUCAAUUGGGACGAUAUAUUGACAAAUAUUUAUCGACCAUUAAUCCCACAAAUUGUUUCUUACAAAGAAUUGGAGUAUGAUCAUUCCAAAAAUAUUACUGAUUUUUCAUUACAUACUGAUGAUGAUUUAGUUGAUGUAGUUCAAGCUUUUGGCCAGUCUCAAUUAACAGUUUUUAGAGCAGCUGAAGAAGCCAAACGUCGAUGUGCAGUUUUUAAUCACUGUGUUUUUCCUGAAAUGAUUUUUGCUAUGAAUGUAAUAAAAAAUAUUUAAAUUAAUUUUAUCAGUAUAUGAUAUACAUAUUAAAUGAAAAUAUUUUAUGUUUUAAAGAGGAUAUUUUCCAACACAAUUGAAGGCGGUAAAGAAGUAUUAAAAAAAAUAUUAGUCAAUAUUAAAUCUGGAGAAAACUGGAAUUUAUUUCAAAUAUGUUUAAAAUUUUUACAAUCUUCUGGUAAAUUUUUAAAAUGUCCAGAAGUAUAAUUUUAUGAUUGUAGUAAUUGUAUGUAAUAUUAUGUUGGUUAUUUUCAGGAGAAUUCUUACGAGAAUUAGAUUUUAUAGAAUCUGAAUUUAAAAGUUGUAUUUUAACAAGUGAACAACGCGCAUUAAAUGUUUCAAAGUAUAUACUGUUAGCAGAUAAGCGAAUUGAAUUACAAAAUAUGAUUGACUCCUUAAAAAAAGGCAAGUUUUAUUAAAUAUAAAUUAAAGUGCUAAAAGAAAAUGUUAAGGGUUUUUUUUUAAUCAUUCGUUAAUAAAAUAUAGUUAGUCACUUUUAAAUGGUCAACAUUUUGAUAUAGGGAUCAUCAUAUUACUAGUAAAAAAAUUUGUAUGCAUUUACAUUUUUUGAAAUAAUGUUGAUAGUAUUAUUGUUCAUAUUUUUCUUAUAUUAAUUAUAACUUAAAAAUGACAAGUCUAACCCAUAUAAAUCCCAAGAUAUUAAAAAGGUUAAAUACAUACAAUUUAAUAAAAUAAAGAUUUUAAAAAUAGUCAAAAAUCUAUAUAAGCUAUCCUUUUUUAUUUUGAUGUAAUUACUGUCUGAUUAAUUGAAUGGUUAUACAUUUUAGUUAAAAUCAUUGUCCCUGUCAGUAAUUGUUAUGUUAAUAUAAAUUAUUGUGCAUUUGUUAUUUUAUUUUAGAAGUGUUUGGAUAAUAUUUUAAAUUCUUAUAUAAAAAUAAAAUUUAAAAUUUUGUGUAUAAAAAACAAGACAUUUCAUACAAUUUUUAAAAAUUAUUUGGUAUUUUAUUCAUUGAUGUGUGUUUUUAUAGAUAACGAAUGGAAACUUUUUAAAGAAACGAUUCAAGCGGCAGAAAAAUUAUGCUCUCAUGUAUACCAAACAUUUUAUAAAAUAUCAUUUCGACCUAUAUCGUUUUACUUGGAGCAAGUAGAAAAAGUUAAAUUUAAUAAAGAAACAUCUGAUAGACUUUCUCCGAGGGAGUAUAUUACCCAAGUAAUGCCAUAUUCAUUUUAACAAUUGAUAAUACCCAAAUAUUUCUUAAAGAAUUAUUAUUACAAAUUGUACAGAUUGGACAGUAUUUAAUUACACUGCCUCAACACGUUGAGCCAUUUUUAGUGCGAGAUAAUGAAGCAGUAAACAUUGUUCUAAAUAUAUCUGAUAGACGUUAUACAGAUGCUACUUUAGAAGAGAGUUAUACAAAUGUAUUAUUAAGGAUAUUAGCAAGCAAUACAUGUGAUGUAUAUGUAGAACAAAUUCAGUCACUCAGAGAUGUAAACAGUUUAGCCGCGCUGCAAUUAGCAAUUGAUAUUGGUAAAUGAUUUUUUUAAAACAAAUUUUUUCAAGAAAAUAAAUCUUCCUUAAUGGAAAAAAAUGGCUGUUGAAAUAGAAGAUAUUAUAUGCUAUUAUAAGGGGAAAAUUAUUUUUUGCUUUUUCCAAUAAAUUAAAAUAUAUAUAUAUUUACACAUAAUACACAUUUUUAAAUAUAAUUUUUAUAAAACUUAGUGAAUUGUUUUUACUGUCCAUCAAACCUUAAUGUAACAUACAUUAGUAUGAUAAAAUUAUUAAUUUAAAUAUUAUGCAUAACACAUUUCAGAAUACUUGGGAUAUGUAUUGGAAGAACUUGGAGUUAAACUUAAUGAUACUACAAGGCAAAUAAUGAAUUUAUUAAGAUUAGAAAGUGAUGAGUAUACUAUGAAAUCGUCAUCAAUUGGUGCUGCAUCAAAAGUAGUUGCAGUAAUUGCUAAAAUAAGAAAUAUUAGAUAA